AUGGCGGUAGAAUUCGUGUGCUUCGUUAAGGUGGAUCCUUCAUUUCAAGUCGUCAUGGAUGCGAUAAAUGAACUGUCUAACUACGGACUUCUUCGACAUGAUUGCACCGUGACGGCUGGGAACACGGAGUUGCGAAGUACGUCAGACAACCAACAGUUUGGUGGUCGCACCCCGACCAACGCGUUUUCACGCACGCUGGGAAGCGUGCUCAGAGCAUUCAUGGUAAGGGCCACCUAUCCUGUACGGUUGCAUGACCCAAGGUUUGAUUCGAAGGCAGUCAAUUUACGUGCGGGCUACAACCAUAACGUUCACCCGCAAGGGAUGGCCCAGCAGCAAGUCGUUCAGAACGUGGUCCAAGCCCAGGAAAUAAGCGCCAUCUUUGACCGUCUGUACCCACAUUUCUUCAUAGAGAACAAGCUCGCUGCAGUGGCCCUGGGGACCUGGGUAUACCUCCCAGGAAUGAUGGUGAUCGUGGAACUGCAGGGAGGCAUCAUGGCGGGAUCAUCCCCGCGCAGUUUGGAGGCGCUCGCCCUGUGCUUCCUCGUGUUCCUGUUACCGGGGGUCUCCGGAUGUGGAGGCAACCUGACGGCUCCCUCUGGAGGUCCUGUCACGUCACCGAACUACCCCGGUAACUAUGGCAACAACCAGGACUGCGAGUGGCUGAUCACCGUCCCGGCAGGAAGCAUGAUCCGUCUCACGUUUCACAGCUUCGACCUGGAGGAAGAUUAUGACUUUCUGCGCAUCUACGAUGGAGCCAGUGCAAGUGCGGCGCUGAUACAGGAGUUAACGGGUCUGCGGUCAGUCUUCCCUAUCGUCAGCACAUCUAACGUGAUGUUCCUGAAGUUUACAUCUGACGACAGUGGAAGAGAACAGGGGUUCAGUUUCUCCUACACAAGUCGCAACACGUCUGUAUGCCCCACGGUUGUCCUGUAUGGCGACUCCGACACCCUGCAGGCCGGUAAGAUGACGUCCUACACCAUGACGGGAGCCACCCGCGUUGACCGGCCCGUGUACUACAGCAGCGUCACCUGCCAACUCCUGUAUUACUCCGAGCGUGCCAUGGCGUGGUGGGUGGGACCGCAGCUUGACGAAACGGGCGUGCGUGUCCGGGACUCCGCCCUCUACGCUGACCAGAUCAACGGGAUGUUUGAUCUGUGGAACGGGGGGUGGGUAGAGAACCCGGAUGUGAAGACCGCCUGCUAUGUUCCACAAUCGGCAGGGAGCGCUACAAACUGUACGAGAGUCCGUCUGCACGGCGGUGCCGACUACCAACCCUACCUCAUGACGACUUACACCAGAACAAACCAGACCAGUGGUGGCAGACCUGUCUACGUUAGUGACACAUACAGCCGAUACUUUCUCUACUUCGUCAAUUACUACAGGGAAUGGGUGAUAGGUCCCACGAUCGGAAAAUACAGCGGCGACGCUUAUGUUGAGAACUGCGCCAUGACACCUGACCAGAUCAGGUCCCCGUGGAGACUGAGGGACGGGAAUCAGGAGCAAGUCGUCUGGUCGGUUACUGCCAGCUGUGUCAGUAGCCAGAGAGCUACUAAGUGA